UCGCUCGUGUGACGUCACUGGGGCGUCACCGCGCAGGAGCGGACGCAGUGCAGGAGGUGGCGGUGGGGGGUGUUAGGAGCGGUGGUAGGUGCCGCGGCGGGGGGGGAGAAAGGAAGGUACCACUCCCCGCACGGUGGGGGGUGGGGGUGGCCGCUGAGCUGAACGACGGUUGGGGCGGCCCCUGAGGCGAGCGGCCGUUGGAGCAGCGGCGGCGCCCGGCGCGGCCCAGUCGACGGCUGCGGAGGGUCGGAGAUGGACCAGCGCCUUGCCGAGCUGGUGGAGGAGCUCACCACGUCGGGGGAGCAGCAGCUGGAGCCGGGCAGAAUGAGGGAGCUGAAGAAAAUCUGCAAGUCUUCAGAUGAACACAUCGGCCAUGCCUAUCAUCUGCUGAUGACCCGGCUUAACGAGGAGCACGCUGAGAUACGCUUCUCGGCUUUCCAGAUUGUGCAUGAGUUGUUUACCCGCUCGCAUCAGUUCCGGACGUUAAUUAUUUCCAACUUCCAAGAGUUCUUGGAGUUCACAGUUGGGAUAGACCAUGAGCAGCCUCUUCCCCCACCCAAAGAGGUGGCACAAAAGCUGAGAAGAGCAGCCAUUAAGGCAGUACAAGACUGGCAUGAGAAAUACGGAGAGGCCUACAAGAAGCUUUCUCUGGGAUACCACUUUUUAAAGCAGAAUAAGAAGGUGGAUUUUCAAGAUGUGAGUGCCAGAACCCUGGCUGAAAGGAAGAGGGAAGAGGAGAAGCAAAAACGAUUGGAUAACAUUUACAAAGAAAAAGCCAAAAGAGCUGAAAAAGAAAUGGCAGAAAUGUCUCAGGAAAUUGCUGACACACUGACAGAGAUGGAAAACUGUUUCCAACUUCUAAUGCCAGAUCCUUUUGACUUCACUGUGAAUGACACAGAACUGGAACCCAACAAACAAACGAUUGCUAAUGAGGACAAACCUGCAUCCCCCUCAUCCUCCCAGAUAGCACUUCACCCAUCUUAUUUUGGACGUGUGGAUGAUGAACAGCCGUGCUGCAGCAAGGACCUUCUUUCUGUUUCUCAGUGUGUUAAAACUGGUAGAAAUGAAGAGUUGAGUGAGGAGCAGGAGAAGCUGGAGCAAAAAGAAUUAGAUGGAGGCACUCACUCAGAACUUGGAUCUGGUGUCCCUGCUCUCAAUGAUGAUGAUUACCAAACUUUUGUUAGGAACCAUGGACUUAUUUCUCAUAAAUAUACUCUAGACCUUGAAAUCUCCACAGAUAUAAAAGUACAUGAGAAUGAAGAUAAUACAGCCAUAAUAAACAACAUCAUGGAUGCUCACAGACUCCUUAGAAAUAAGUUCUUGCCUACUGUGCAGUCCUGGAUUCAGUUAUUUACCAGAGCGGGAGUAAACGAUGAUCGGCUAAGAUGUGCCAUUGAUCUCAAGAAUAAACUGGAGAGUGCUAUGAAGAAAUAUAAGGAAAUGAACAUUUCCAUUAAGGAGAGGAAAAGAAAAGUGAUGAAAGCCUCAGACGAUGAUGAUGAUGACAACGAAGAUGAUGAGUUUGUGGAGGUCCCUGAGAAGGAAGGUUAUGAGCCCUACAUUCCAGACCACCUGCGUAAGGAAUAUGGAUUAGAGCCCCCGUCGCCUCCAAGUGCACCAGCAAGGGAGACAUCAGUAGGACCAGCUCUACAGAGCUCCUGGCCCCAGCCAAAAGGAAACGAAGAUGAACUUGACCCAACCUGUGCAGCUGCAACACUGAAGCUCAUUAGAGACAAGCUGCCAAAGUUACCACCUCCAUACACAAGCAAGUCUGCAACUGAUGAGCAAGCAGCUUUGGAAGAGCCCGACAGUAAGACAAGAAAAUUAGCAGAAGAAAGAGCUAAAGCUCCCAUCAUGCCUUUUGGAUUAGAUCUUCACUACUGGGGACAGGACCAGCCAAGUGCUGGGAAGAUUCUCAAAGUUUCUUCUCAGCAUCGAUUUUGGGCACCCAGUGAAAUGGAGGAAGAGGUUGAAAAUAAAGAAGUAACUGAAAUGUUAAAAACUAGAUAUAUAACGUUUGCUGGGAAGUUUGAACCGGUGAAACAUAAAUGUCGAGCACCAAUGCCUAAUGGAGGUCUUUGUGAAAGGCAAGAUCGGAUUAAGUGCCCUUUCCAUGGAAAGAUAAUUCCUCGGGAUGAAUCUGGGAUUCCUCUCAACUCAGAGGACAGAGCCAGAGAAGAAAAGAUGCACUUUGAGAAGCAAGCAGCCCAGCCAGAGUGGCGAGAUCCAGAAUUCAUGAGAGAAGUUGAAGCAGCUACAGGAGUGGAUCUUGGGUCCUCUAAAAAUAAUGGAAAAGGAGGGAAAAAGAAAGGGAAUAAGAAAAAAUAUCCAAAUCUGACAGACCUGAAGCAGCAGGCUAAUACUUCUCGUUCCCGGCUUGAGAAGAAAGUCUUCAAUAAAGGUGCCAUGAAACGAGUGGUGAAAGCCAUGAAUCGAGUGGACCAGAGAAAGCAUGAGAAGUUUGCCAACCAAUUUAACUAUGCACUGAAUUAAAUUGUAAUAAAAUGAAGGGCAAAGAAGAGGAUUAACAAGAGUGCAGCUUUACAAAGCCUUUACAACAGAGCCUCAUAUUUAAACUAAAAUAAUGUGCUAAGAAUUUUUACUGGGGUUAUUUUUAAUUGUUAUCAAUGUCUAACUUAUUUGAUCAUGAACAUGAAUUUUAGUGAAGAUGUGAUAUAUAACUGAAUGCAUUUAACAAGCUGAUACCUACUUGAAAUUUACAUAAAAUAUAACAAGUUCUAUGGCUUGUACAUACUCUGAUUAUAACAUUCACAGACUUUUUGUUCCUUCCUAAAGGACUCGUGUAAUUUUUAUACUUUGUUUGUCAACACGUGCUUGUAAUUUGCCUUGACUUUCCUGCCUUCAGAAGGAUGCCUUAAAAACGAUUAGAAUUAUACGUAAGGUAGCAGUGCAGAGCUCAGCUUACUAUUCUAGAAAAUGUACCAUAUCAAGCAGCAUACCAGCUCUGGCAGUACUCCUAAAGACCUCUUGUGUGCAUGUUAAAAAAGCUCCAAAUCGAUUGGGUGUUUUCUGUCAGUGAAAGGAAUCAUCUUUGCAGCAAGUCCAGGGACUAAUUCAGAGUCAGAAUCUAUGGCACCAGUGGAGGAACCGAAAUGAUUGAGUUAGUCCUGGUCUGCUUCUCGUUUUACCAGGAUAGACUUUCACUAUAUUUCCUAACCAGCUACAUCUGGAAAGCAUGAUCUGAAAGGUUGUAGAGAAUGAGCUGCCGUUUAAGUCAUACAGAAAAGCCCUAGCACAAAGUGAAAGUAUGAGGGUUUCAGAAAUUAUUCAAGCAUCCUACUGUAAAGUGAGCUGCCUGGCUUGAAUCAGUUAAAAGUACCUCAAUCUAAACCCUGAGAGUGCAGCUAAGGACCCGAACACAAACAUGAGCAUCUGGAUUCUCCUCCGACUCUGGAGGCUUAACGUACGUUGAGAUUAAGCAGCUGGAUCCAGUGUGGUUUGUUGUUAUUGGCUGGGGACUUAACCAGAUCUCUCACAUGCUUUGCUUGCCAUAGCCAUGCCUUAAGCAGAGUGAACCAAAUGCUGACACAAGUUUGCUGUUGCUAGGUUUCAUGCAGCUUUGUGGGUGAAAGAAAUACAGAAUAUCCAGGAGAAUGGGCUGUUUGAAAUUAAAUUUCAAAUUGAACUGCAGAUGUUUCCAACAAAAUACAGAACACAAAUCAGAAUGGAUUCUGUACAGCACUGGCUUAGUCGCUCACCUUGUCGUGCAGCAAGAGACUGUUUAGAAAUUAAAAACUUUAAACUCUUCAGUGUAGCUUCUGACCACCUCAAACAAAAGCCAAUUUACAGCUCUGCCAAAUACCUUUUGACUUAUGCAAGUGCUGCUUAGAAAGCAAUUAAUACUGAAUCUUGAUAAUUUAUCAUGCAGAGCUCUGCCAUUUGGAAGACUCUCUCAUACAGGUAUUUAAAAGAUGUAGUUCUAAACCCACCACAAAUGAAACAAUGAAUGAAAUGAAAAUGAAUGAAUUGAAAGCAAAAACUUCAAAUACCUCUACUGCACUGGAAGGGAAAGCCACUUCCAUCAGCCUAGCUAAUUUGUUAGUGAAGACUUGAAAUGGAGAUGUAGACAAGAACAAACCAUGUUCAUCACCAGGUCAGUGGAAUCAACUGCUAAACUGAUUUUAUUUCUUAGCAGAGAUGCAGGCAAAAAAUACACAUUUGAAUGCAAUGUAGGCCAUUGAAUGCUGGUAUUAUAGAACAGCCUAAAUUGAACUGUUUGAUCUUGGAAAUUAACAUUCACAUGCAUCACGAUGGUUAUUGUGCCACUAUUCCAGAGAUUUUUGAGCCUGCAAAGACUGACAUUGUUCAUUUACAAAAUGUAUUUUCUGUCCUCCCUGUAAAAAGAGGGAGGAUUUUAUAUGGUGCAGUGGCACUUAACCCAUCUUUGCUGUGGACCUGAAGAAUUGGCACUAAAAAACUGCCAGCAAGCUGUAAGUGUGCUUCACUGCAUCCUGUAGAGUUCUCAUUUUGUGCUUUAGCAAAAUAAAAAAAAAAAAAAUCCCCAAGACUGAGACUGGAAAGGGAACCGGUAGAGAGUUAUGAGGAAAUAAUGCACUUAGUGAGUUAUGCUACUCUGUGAUGCUAAUCGGUCGUAUCAGCUCUAGAAUUAUGAAGUGAAGCUUACCUUAGGCCUGAGUGUUCGAUCCACCAAUUAAAAUGAAUGUGCAGAUUACACUAUAGGAUCAGCUCAUUCAUUUUUACAAAGGGAUGUUUUUCUAGAUUGCUGUUUUCAUGGGGAAUGAGAAUUUGCAGAAUUAAGGUUUCUCAGCAAGUAACUUGGAGCUAGCUAACUCAGACAAGGCACAUGGAUUUUGGGCCAGGUUAGUAAUGACAGAGAUUGUUCUUUUUUGAGCUUUGCUACUUUACUUUACUUUGAUUUUGAUGUUAGAGCUUUCCUUGUCAGGGAAUAUAAUUGUUUGGAUAAGAAUUUUUUUCUUCCUCUUGCCCUUGAAGCAAGAAAGACUAUGACUUGUCAGAACAACGUGUGUGAAUGCAUACCCUCUGUAACAUUGCCUUUUUGCUACCCUGAUCUCUUACCAGCAUGCGUCUUCCCCUCAUCCACAGUGUUUGAGAAACAAGUGUUUCCCCCUCCAUGUUAAUUAUUGCCUCAUUUAAUCAAAGGAUUUCCCUAUGUAAGGAGCACUUAGCAUAUACACAUGAUAGAUUUCAAAAUACUUCUCUGUAACCAUUCUUGGAGAUUUUACCUGUCAGAGGUUCAUCCUGGGUCGUACCAGUCGUUCGUAUUUCAAUUUAUCUGGUCAGACAUAAUUCAGAGUGGAUUUUAGGAGCCUGCUUCUUUUCCUGUGUUGGUGUGUAGCUCUGCUGGAGGUAAGUUUUUAAAAAGGCAUCUGUAACCAAAGAUACAGCACACCUUCAUUAAAUAGAAAUCCUUUCAGGUGCAAAAUUAAUGAAUCCACUUUUCAGAUGCAUGGGAAGUCUUUGUACUGCACUUCACUUACAACAACUUACUGAUUUGACAUCUCAUGAUUCCAAGCUCACCAGCCACUCAGGCAUCUUACUUGUUAAACUAUGUGACUGUUCUACCAGCAUUUUCCUAUUCCUGUCCUCUUAUUGUCCAUGAAAUAUCAGCCACGUCAUCUCCUCUGUGUAUUUGUGUCUCACCUAAAUGCCUUUGCAAUUGCAUUAUAACGUAUUUCUGCUCACUGAUUGGGGAUACUCCGUGUGAUUUCCAGGUACCUAAACACCUUGGAAGAUGUGGCCCUUAGUCUAUGUUAUUAAGGUGAAUAGCUGUAAUAAAGGUUGACUUUCUUGCGUUAUUAAAAGGACAUGAUAGCUCUUGA